CAGAGACUGGGUGGGACAAGGCUGAGGUCUAGGCCAGAUUUGCACUUUUAGGUGGGCACUCUGAAAGCCAUGCAGCCCUCUACCAGGCCUGGGCUGCCGCUGCCCAAAUGCUGCAGUGUGGCCACAACCGUGAAAGCCCCUGACCUGCAUGGUGCGGUGCCACCCUGGGACAAGUCCGUCGCCUGUCCCUUUGCCACACAAGCAGCCUGGCUGCCCACACACUGCACAGUCACCAGGUGUGGUUCCUGUUGCCCAUGUUUUCACACUGCUGACCGGCAGUGGCCGGGGCUCAGCUGGCUGGGAAGAGUCGGAGAUACUGCUGGCUCCUGGGUCCUGGCCAGAAAGGAGCAGGAUGGCUUUUAUUAUCUGGCUCAGAUAAAGGCUGCACCGGAGCUGGAGAAGCGGGGGGCCCUGGUUGUGGAAUUUGAGGCACCCCUUGUCACUGAUGUAAAGCUGCCAGCCCAGCAGCGGAGAGUGGUGUUUCCAGAGGAUGUCAUUCAGUUUUCACCAUCUGUGCCACACUCACUGCAGCUGGGAGACAAGGUGCUGGCACCCUGGGGACCGGAGCAACAGCAGUAUGGCCCGGGCACUGUUCUCUUGGGCUUGAAGAAACAAAAAGGACAAAGAGCAUCUAAAGAAAAAGAAAUCCCUGUUCACUUCUGGAAUGGCAAGACAGCUAAGGUGCCUCUGGACAGGGUCAGGAAGUUAAAGGAUCACGAAGUAAACGCUUGAAAAGAGUAACCCCAAAGAAUAGUUGACAAAGGAACAGAGGAGGCUGAGCGGUGGCAGACAAGAGUGCCUAAGAGCAACCGCUCUGCGGAGACCUGCAGGAAAGCGGCAUCUGGAAGAACGUGCUGUGCCUGCACACAAAUGGGUGGCCAUGCCUUAGAACGCCUGGCCAGUGCCCUGAGGAACUGCUCAGGACACCUAUUCACAGAGGGACAGGCACGCCCACUGCUCUGGGCAAAGGCAUCCCAUUUGUACUGUCUUCUUACAAAGCCUACAGCUGUACAUGGGAAACACUGUCUUUCUGGUUUUUUUUUUUUUAAAGAUUUACUUAUUAUAUACAAGUACACUGUAGCUGUCUUCAGACACACCAGAAGAGGGCAUUGGAUCCCAUGGUUGUGAGCCACCAUGUGAUUGCUGGGAUUUGAACUCAGGACCUCUGGAAGAGUAGUCAGUGCUCUUAACCUCUGAACCAUCUCACCAGUCUAUCUUUCUUUCUUUUUAAUACCAAUAAAGUGAAUUAUUUUUA